AUGAAUGGUGCCCCUGAUUUUACUGUGCCUGGUGGGAAUGGUGCUGCUCGCCCCGCUCCCGCACCUGUGGGGCGCAGGCUCGUGGUAACGGCGCAGCUCCCGGACCUGGCGCCCGGGGCUGUGCGGUUGGUUCGGGGGCUGCUGGUUGGGCAGCUGGAGGCGCUUCCCCCGUACCUGCAGGAGGAGGGGGAGGACUGGGCGGAGGAAGGAGGGGUGGGGGAGGAGGAGGGCGGUGAUAUGGGGAGAGUGGUGAAGGGAAGAGUGGUGAAGGGAAAGGGGGAUGGAAAGAGGAGUUUGCGGAAUAGUGGAAGGGGAGGAGAGGGAGGGGAGAGGGGAAGGGAGCAGGAGGAGGAGGAGGAGGAGGAGGAGGAGGAGGAGGAAGGGAGAGAGGCCCAAGGACUGAAAAAGGUGGCUCAAUUAGGCGUUAUAGGGGAGGAUUCCCAUUGGUACGUCCUCCCCUCGCCCUGCAUCCGCCAGCUAAUCAGAGCGCAGUACAACCCCACCGACCAAUCGGAGCUCGCCAUGUCAGCGGCCGACGGGCGGCAGCUCGUUGGCAGGUACCUCUGGCCGGAGGGCCGGCAGGACGAGGCAGAUGAGACGGCUGGGUGGCAGCGGGUGGCAAAGCUGAAACAAGACUCCAAUCACCUCACCCUCCCCUCCUCACUCUCCUCCCUCGAAGCCUCCCUCAAGUCACACAAGCAGAAGCUAUCACAAAUUAGAAAGAGAGUAAAGGCUUCGGCGGUGUAUAAGCGGCGGCAGCAGCAGGUGACGGAGAUGGGGAGGUGUGAGUAUGAGGAGGGGAAGGUGGGGAGGCGGGUGGAGGCGCUGAGGAGGCGGAUUGCGGGGAUGCAGCCGGCGGGGUGGCAGGAGUUUGUUCAGGUGGUUCAGGUGCUGGCUCAGGCGGAUGCGCUGGACCCGCAGAGCAGCACGCUCAUGCCGCUCGGGGAGAUUGCCGCCAAGGUGAGCAGCGACAUGGCCAGGCCAGAACUUCCCUCUCCUUGCCUAUUAUCUGCUCCACCCUCCCUCCCCUGCACGCAUGUACAAGGGGUGCGAGGGGUGAACGAGCUGUGGAUCGCAGUGGCGCUCUCGCACCCCUCCCUCCCGCGCCUCUCUCCACCGGCCAUAGCGGGGUGCUGCGCUGCUCUGGUGUCUGAAGGCAUGCGCAUGCGCACAGGCGACGGCAGUUCGCCCUCCUUCCCCUACAAGCCGUCCUGGCAGGUGCGGGAGUGGGUGUAUGAGGCAUGUUCGCCCUCCUUCCCGUACGAGCCUUCCUGGGAGGUGCAAAAGGAGGUGUACGAAGCUGAAGAGCGUCGCGAUUGGCUGAUGCAGCUCCAGCUGGUUGCCAACGUGGCAAUCCCUGCUGACCUGGACGCGCAGUUCGCUGGAGUGGUGGAGGCGUGGGCGCAGGGUGUGACGUGGCUCCAGCUCAUCGCUGACUGUGCGGGGCUGGACGAGGGGGACAUUGCGCGGCUGCUAAGGCGCACCAAUGAUAUACUUUCGCAUGUUUGUUGUGCCACUUCAUUGCUCCAGCCAACUACCGUCUCCCAAAGAUCAUCUCAAUCUAUCACGAGCAUCAUUGCCCCAUGUAAAGCAUCAUCUCUCUGCUUCCGGAUACCUUGUCACAUGCCCUACCUCUCUCACUCUCCUCCAUGUCCCCACUCUCCCUUUCUCCCACCCUCGCUCGCUCCUCUUAUUGCAUCUCACGUUAUCCCUGCCUCCGCCUUUUCCACCUCUCUCCUCCUCUCCCGGCGUACACUCCUAUUGCAGAUCCCGUAUCUUCCAGGCAUCGAUCCCUCAUUGGCCAAGGCGGCAAAGCAGUCUGCGUAUGUCAUGGAGAGGCCACCUAUCUCCGAGCUCAUUGGCUGA